UUAAUUUGUCUUCUUGAUCCUCCAACACCCACAGACAGACAUGUCACAGGAAAGGCGAAAACCAAGAGCACGCAUUCGAAGGAAAACAAGGAUUGUUGUACCUUCAAAGAAAAACAAUGGCUUUAAAUGCGAGUAGGAACGAUCUUUAACAACCCGGAGGACCACUUGGGGACCGAGGAAGACAGCCCAUUUUGAUAGAAUCAUCUAAUUCGUUACGGACUCCAAGGUGGGGUUGAUGGAAGUCUAUGAGAACCCAGCUCGAUUCAGCUUGCCCGUGACAUUUGUGGUGGGGAAUUUGGUCGACAGGGUCAAGGAAAUGUGCAGUGCCGCGGUGUCUGUGGUUAUUGGGAACAUCUUCUCUGCGAUCCUCACCUUCUUUUUUGCCCUGGUUGGAACGUUAUUAGGAGCUAUGACGGGGGCCUUAAUCGGGCAGGAGACGGAGAGUGGAUUUAUUCGAGGGGCUGCUGUGGGUGCCAUUUCUGGAGCUGUUUUCUCGAUUGAGGUCUUCGAAUAUUCUCUUCUCCUCUGGCAAUCGGAUGAAUCAGGAAUUCGGUGUCUUCUGUAUUUGAUCGAUGUCAUAGCAAGCCUUUUAAGUGGGAGGCUGGUUCGUGAGCGAAUUGGUCCUGCUAUGCUAAGUGCAGUGCAGAGUCAGAUGAGUGCUGUUGAGCCACGGUUCGAGGAUUUCCAGAACAUCUUUGAUACAGGUGGUGCCAAAGGGUUGCCUGGAAAUCUGCUUGAUAAGAUACCUAAGGUUACAAUCACCAACAGUAACAAUGUUGAUGCUUCGGGGGAGAAAGUAUCUUGUUCGGUGUGCCUUCAGGACUUUCAGCUCGGGGAGACAGCUCGAAGCUUGCCCCAGUGCCAUCACCUGUUCCACAUACCUUGCAUUGAUAAGUGGCUACUUCGGCAUGGUUCUUGCCCAUUAUGCAGAAGGGACCUGUGACUGCGACCGUUUUUGUAAAUCACCUGACAGAAUUAAUUUCAUGUCACUUCUGGUACGAAGGGAUGGAAACAGAAUGGAACGGAAUUCGCAGCACAAAUUGGUUGUAUUUUGUAUUGUUCCUUCCGUCCAGUUUCGAGUCUUUUGCACCAAAGGUGGAGUAUACUGAUGGUUUUCCACUCACUUAUAUAGCAAUAUUAAUAGCUUUCCCACUAGGCUCUUUAAUGUACAUGGCUUAAAACUUAUAAGCUCAUACUGUUGCUGCUGUGGGUUACUGUGCUGAUAACUGAGAUCGACAGUCGGAUGUACAAAAUUUUGGUCCGUUAUGGCUUUUUGCUUGUUUCUCUUUAUAUGCCGAGUUCUGUUUUAUAUUUACCGUA